AUGCCCUUCCUUCCAACCUCGCAGGCCUUCCUGGAGCAAUCUGCUCAGCUACUAGAGGCAUACCCAGAGAAUGUAAGAGCACUUCCCAACUACACAGAACGCCCCACCAACGUCGCAAAGCGCCAAAAGUCACAGUCCAAGAGACCUUCACCACAAGAAUCCACCCCCUCCGUCCCCAUCGCCUCUCUGACCCUGAAGACCUACAGCCCCGACUCGGGCAUCAUCCUGAAAUACCGCACAAACAAGCAGCAAGAGGUUGGGCGACUAAUGACGGGAUUGGGGAAAUUGGCUGCGGGCGCGGACGUUGCGAGUCUCGGAUUGUCGGCGCCUGGUCUUGCCGGUGCGGAUGUUGAGAUGGCUGAUGCGCCGGAAGAGGGUGCUGCACCUGCGCAGCCGGCGAAGGGUGGACAGCAGCAGCAGGGCCAGGUACAGGGAGGGAAGGGGAAGAAGAAAGGUGGGAAAGGGAAGCGAUAG